GGCAGGGCCGCGCGCGGGGCUGUGUCCUGCCCCUCAGGCCCGGGGCCGCGCCGGCCGCCGCGCUCCGCCCGCUCCCGGUGAUUUCCUAGAAGCAUGAUUGUUUGUUGUACUUGAUCUCACAACCUGGUGAGGACAUCCUUACUGAUAAUGUCAAGUUCAGGUUAUCCUCCCAACCAAGGAGCAUUCAGCACAGAACAAAGUCGGUAUCCUCCCCACUCUGUUCAGUAUACCUUUCCCAGCACCCGUCACCAGCAGGAAUUUGCGGUCCCUGAUUACCGUUCUUCUCAUCUUGAAGUCAGUCAGGCAUCACAGCUCUUGCAGCAGCAGCAGCAGCAGCAGCAGCUUCGCAGGAGGCCUUCCCUACUUUCAGAGUUUCACCCGGGUUCUGACAGGCCUCAAGAAAGAAGAACUGGAUAUGAGCAGUUUCACCCAGGCCCUUCCCCAGGGGAUCAUGAUUCACUGGAUUCCAAGAGACCACGUCUGGAGCAGCUUUCUGAUUCCCAUUUCCAGCGGGUCAGCGCUGCGGUCUUACCUUUAGUGCACACGCUGCCAGAAGGGUUGAGGUCUUCUGCAGAUGCUAAGAAGGACCCGGCAUUUGGAGUCAAACAUGAAGCUCCUUCCUCUCCAAUCUCUGGGCAACCAUGUGGGGAUGAUCAAAAUGCUUCACCUUCAAAACUUUCAAAGGAAGAGUUAAUACAGAGUAUGGAUCGUGUAGAUCGAGAAAUUGCGAAAGUAGAGCAGCAGAUCCUUAAACUGAAAAAAAAACAACAACAGCUUGAAGAGGAGGCCGCGAAGCCUCCAGAGCCUGAGAAGCCUGUGUCCCCCCCUCCCGUGGAGCAGAAGCACCGCAGUGUUGUCCAGAUUAUUUAUGAUGAAAACCGGAAAAAAGCGGAAGAAGCUCAUAAAAUAUUUGAAGGUCUUGGCCCGAAAGUUGAACUGCCACUCUAUAACCAGCCAUCAGACACCAAGGUGUACCAUGAGAACAUCAAGACUGGAGUACCUGCAAGGCGCAUGAUGAAAAACCAGGUGAUGAGGAAAAAACUCAUUUUAUUUUUUAAAAGAAGAAAUCAUGCAAGAAAACAAAGGGAACAAAAAAUCUGCCAACGUUAUGAUCAGCUCAUGGAGGCAUGGGAGAAAAAAGUGGACAGAAUAGAAAAUAACCCUCGGAGGAAAGCUAAAGAAAGCAAAACAAGAGAGUACUAUGAAAAGCAAUUUCCAGAGAUUCGAAAACAGAGAGAACAGCAAGAACGGUUUCAGCGAGUUGGGCAGAGGGGAGCUGGUCUUUCAGCCACCAUUGCUAGGAGUGAACAUGAGAUUUCUGAAAUUAUUGAUGGGCUCUCUGAACAGGAGAAUAAUGAGAAACAAAUGCGACAGCUCUCUGUGAUCCCGCCUAUGAUGUUUGAUGCUGAACAGAGACGGGUCAAGUUCAUUAACAUGAAUGGCCUCAUGGAGGACCCUAUGAAGGUUUAUAAAGAUAGGCAGUUCAUGAAUGUUUGGACUGACCAUGAGAAGGAGAUCUUUAAAGACAAGUUUAUCCAGCAUCCAAAAAACUUUGGACUGAUUGCAUCUUACUUGGAAAGGAAGAGUGUUCCCGAUUGUGUUUUAUAUUACUACUUAACCAAGAAAAAUGAGAAUUAUAAAGCCCUAGUAAGAAGGAACUAUGGAAAACGCAGAGGGAGAAACCAGCAGCAAAUUGCCCGACCCUCACAAGAAGAAAAAGUAGAAGAAAAGGAAGAGGAUAAAGCAGAAAAAACAGAAAAAAAAGAGGAGGAAAAGAAAGAUGAAGAAGAAAAGGAUGAAAAGGAAGACUCUAAAGAAAAUACCAAGGAAAAGGAUAAGACAGAGGGGACAGCUGAAGAAACUGAGGAGAGAGAGCAGGCCACACCCCGGGGCCGGAAGACCGCCAAUAGCCAGGGCCGCCGGAAGGGCCGGAUCACCAGGUCCAUGACCAGUGAGGCUGCGGCGGCCAGUGCUGCUGCAGCCGCAGCCACUGAGGAGCCCCCACCACCUCUGCCACCGCCGCCAGAGCCCAUUUCUACGGAACCUGUAGAAACUUCUCGAUGGACAGAAGAAGAAAUGGAAGUUGCUAAAAAAGGUCUAGUGGAACAUGGUCGUAACUGGGCCGCAAUUGCAAAGAUGGUGGGAACUAAAAGUGAAGCCCAAUGUAAAAACUUCUAUUUUAACUAUAAACGGAGGCACAAUCUUGACAACCUUUUGCAGCAGCAUAAACAGAAAGCCUCACGGAAGCCCCGUGAAGAGCGAGACGUAUCUCAGUGUGAAAGCGUGGCCUCCACCGUCUCAGCACAGGAGGACGAGGACAUUGAAGCCUCUAACGAAGAGGAGAACCCCGAGGACAGUGAAGGUGCUGAAAAUAGUUCUGAUACAGAAAGUGCUCCUUCUCCUUCACCAGUUGAAGCUGUCAAGCCUGGCGAAGACAGCACUGAAAAUGCGCCUCCUCGAGGGACUGCUGAGGCUGCGGCCGAGCUGGAGGCUACCCCUGACGCCGUGCCCAGGCCUUCUCCCUCGCCGGCAGCUGCGAGCACAAAAGCAGCCGAGGAUGACAGUGUGGAAGCCCCGGUGAAUGAUAGCAUCACAGUGGACACAGCUGAGCCGAUGGAGGUGGAGCAUGAGGAGCGUGGGGCUGAAGGCACUUCUGCUCUUGACCUCCCCUCGGCCGCCAAGGCCGAUGCUGUGGAUGUUGAAAUGCGAGUGCCAGAAAGCAGUCCAUCCAGAGUCGAAGGGGACCUCAAAGACAGAGACCUGGAGAGGAGCGGCGAGAAGCCAGAGCCUGGAGAGGAUGAUCUGGGGGUGGCCCAGCAGCUGAGCGCCCCGAGGCCUGAGCCCCUGUCUGACCACGAUUCCAGCGCCACUUGCAGUGCAGACGAGGACGUGGACGGGGAGCCCGAGAGGCAGCGAAUGUUUCCUAUGGAUUCGAAGCCUUCGUUGUUAAAUCCCGCUGGGUCUAUACUGGUUUCAUCACCCAUAAAACCAAACCCACUGGACCUGCCUCAGCUUCAACAUCGAGCUGCUGUCAUCCCACCAAUGGUUUCCUGCACCCCAUGUAACAUCCCAAUUGGGACCCCCGUGAGCGGCUACGCCCUCUACCAGCGGCACAUCAAAGCCAUGCACGAGUCGGCGCUCCUGGAGGAGCAGCGGCAACGGCAGGAGCAGCUGGACCUAGAGUGUCGGAGCUCGACCAGCCCAUGCGGUGCCGCCCGGAGCCCCGGCAGAGACUGGGAAGGAAAAUCAGUCACCUAUAUGCCCUAUGCUGAGGCCACACGUGCUCUAGAGCAGGAGGCACAGAUGCACAGUACCACGGCCAGGUCAGCGUCACCGUGUAGGCUCUCUCCGCAGCCCGGUGUGAGUGCAGCCCGCUCUAGUGGCCCGCCAGUCCUCCAGCCUGCUCCACAUCAGGUGAUAACUAACCUUCCUGAAGGGGUUCGGCUUCCAACAACUCGGCCCACUCGGCCGCCGCCUCCUCUCAUCCCGUCAUCCAAAACCACAGUGGCUUCUGAGAAACCAUCGUUUUUACUGGGAGGCUCCAUCUCACAGGGAACACCUGGCACUUACUUGCCUUCUCCUAAUCAGGCCUCCUACGCCCCUGAGGCAGCGAAGCCCUCGGCAGGCUCCAUCUCUCUGGGACUGCCGCGGCAGCAGGACGCCGCCAAGCCAGCCACCGUGCCCUACAUCAAGCAGGAGGAGUUCUCUCCCCGAAGCCAGAACUCACAGCCUGAGGGUUUACUGGUCAGAGCCCAACAUGAAGGGGUGGUCAGAGGUACCUCAGGAGCCAUUCAAGAAGGAAGCAUAACUCGGGGAACGCCCUCUAGCAAACUCUCUGUGGAGAGCAUCCCGUCCCUCCGAGGUUCCAUCACCCAGGGAACCCCAGCUCUGUCCCAGGCUGGCAUACCCACUGAGGCAUUGGUGAAGGGACCUGUUUCUAGAUUGUCCAUUGAAGAGAGCAGUCCUGAGAAAGGCCGGGAGGAAGCCGCCUCCAAAGGCCAUGUUAUUUACGAAGGCAAAAGUGGACACAUCUUAUCCUAUGACAAUGUUAAGAAUGCCCGAGACGGGACGAGGAGUCCAAGAACAGCUCAUGAAAUCAGUCUCAAAAGAAGCUAUGAAUCAGUGGAAGGAACAAUAAAACAAGGGUUGUCUAUGAGGGAAUCUCCCGUAUCAGCACCGCUGGAGGGGCUCAUCUGCCGCGCGCUGCCCAGGGGGAGCCCUCACUCUGACCUCAAGGACAGGACCGUGCUGUCUGGGUCCAUCAUGCACGGCACACCAAGAGCGACAACUGAAAGUUUUGAGGAUGGCCUUAAGUACCCCAAACAGAUUAAAAGGGAGAGUCCACCCAUCCGAGCGUUUGAAGGUGCCAUCACCAAAGGAAAGCCGUAUGAUGGCAUCACCACCAUCAAAGAGAUGGGGCGCUCCGUUCACGAGAUCCCCCGGCAGGACAUGUUGGCUCAGGAGAGUCGGAAAACCCCCGAGGUGGUGCCGAGUGCUCGGCCCGUCAUUGAGGGCUCCAUCUCCCAGGGUACACCCAUCAAGUUCGACAGCAGCUCGGGUCAAUCUGCCAUCAAACACAAUGUCAAGUCCCUGAUCACGGGGCCUAGCAAACUGCCCCGUGGGAUGCCUCCAUUGGAAAUUGUGCCCGAGAACGUUAAAGUGGUAGAAAGGGGCAAGUAUGAGGAUGUGAAGGCAGGAGAGCCCGUGCGGUCCCGGCACACGUCGGUGGUGAGCUCCGGCCCCUCAGUCCUCAGGUCCACUCUCCACGAAGCUCCCAAAGCACAGCUGAGCCCGGGAAUUUAUGAGGACGCCAGCGCACGGCGCACGCCGGGGAGCUACGCCAGCACUGUGUCCCGGGGCUCGCCCAUGCUGAGCAGAGCUUCCGAAGUUACAAUUUCUUCUGGCAAGUCUGCUAAUCAUGAGAGGAAGUCCACCCUGACCCCUACCCAGAGGGAGAGCAUCGCAGCCAAGUCUCCGGUGCCUGGCGUGGACCCUGCAGUGAGCCACAGCCCCUUCGAGCCGCACCACAGGGGCGGCACCCCCGGGGAGGUGUACCGGAGCCACCUGCCGGCACACUUGGACCCAGCCAUGCCCUUUCACCGGGCUCUGGAUCCUGCAGCCGCUGCUUACCUGUUCCAGAGGCAGCUGUCACCGACCCCCGGCUACCCCAGUCAGUACCAGCUCUACGCGAUGGAGAACACGCGCCAGACCAUUCUCAACGAUUACAUCACCUCCCAGCAGAUGCAAGUGGGCCUUCGGCCUGACGUGGCCAGGGGGCUGUCUCCCCGGGAACAGCAGCUGGGGCUCCCGUACCCGGCGACCAGGGGAAUUAUUGACCUGACCAACAUGCCUCCAGCAAUUUUAGUGCCUCACCCCGGGGGAACGAGCACCCCUCCCAUGGACAGAAUCACAUAUAUUCCUGGUACACAAAUCACCUUCCCACCCAGACCUUACAGCUCCGCGUCCGUAAGUCCAGGACACUCAACACACCUCGCAGCCGCAGCCAGUGCUGAGAGAGAGCGGGAGCGGGAGCGGGAGAAGGAGCGGGAGCGCCUUGCCGCAGCCUCUUCGGACCUCUACCUGCGGCCGGGCUCAGAGCAGCCUGGCCGGCCCAGCAGCCACGGCUACGUGCGCUCCCCAUCCCCGUCGGUCAGAACUCAGGAAGCCCUGCUGCAGCAGAGACCCAGCGUCUUCCAGGGAACCAACGGGACCAGCGUGAUCACCCCACUGGACCCUAGUGCACAGCUGCGGAUCAUGCCACUGCCUGCCGGGGGCCCUUCCAUCAGCCAGGGCCUGCCGGCCUCCCGUUACAACACCGCUGCGGAUGCCCUGGCUGCUCUUGUGGAUGCUGCUGCAUCUGCUCCCCAGAUGGAUGUGUCCAAAACGAAAGAGAGUAAGCACGACGCCACCAGGUUAGAAGAGAAUGUGAGGAGCAGGGCAGCAGUCAGUGAGCAGCAGCUAGAGCAGAAAAGCCUGGAGGCGGAGAAGAGAGCCGGUCAGUGUCUGUACACCUCUUCAGCCCUGCCGAGUGGCAAGCCCCAGCCUCACUCUGCAGUAAUUUACUCUGAGGCUGGGAAAGAGAAAGGGCCUCCUCCCAAGUCCAGAUAUGAGGAAGAGCUAAGGACUCGAGGAAAGACCACCAUUACCGCAGCUAACUUCAUAGACGUGAUCAUCACCCGGCAGAUUGCCUCGGACAAGGACAGCAGGGACCGUGGCUCCCAGAGCUCAGACUCUUCCAGUAGCUUAUCUUCUCACCGGUAUGAAACACCUGGCGAUGCUAUUGAGGUGAUAAGCCCUGCCAGCUCUCCCGCACCACCCCAGGAGAGGCUGCCGGCCUACCAGCCGGAGGUCGUGAAGGCGAGCCAGGCAGAAAACGAAGCCCCCAGACAGUACGAAGGACCACUGCAUCACUACCGGCCACAGCAGGAGUCCCCGUCCCCGCAGCAGCCACCGCCCCCACCCUCACAAGCCGAGGGGGCGGGGCAAGUGCCCCGGACACACCGGCUCAUCACACUUGCUGACCACAUCUGCCAAAUUAUCACACAAGAUUUUGCUAGAAAUCAAGUUUCCUCGCAGCCCCCCCAGCAGCCUUCCACUUCUACAUUCCAGAGUUCACCGUCUGCCUUGGUGUCUACACCUGUGAGGACGAAAACAUCAAACCGCUACAGCCCAGAAUCCCAGUCUCAAUCUGCUCACCAUCAGAGACCAGGCUCGAGGGUCUCUCCAGAAACUCUAGUGGACAAAUCCAGGGCCAGCAUCAGGCCCGGAAAAUCCCCAGAGAGGAGUCACAUCUCUUCGGAGCCCUAUGAGCCCAUCUCCCCGCCUCAGGUUCCUGUUGUGCAUGAGAAGCAGGACAGUGUGCUGCUGCUGGCCCAGCGUGGAGCCGAGCCCGCGGAGCAGAGGAAUGACUCCCGCUCACCAGGCAGCAUAAGCUACCUGCCUUCAUUCUUCACCAAGCUCGAGAGCACAUCCCCCAUGGUGAAGUCAAAGAAGCAAGAGAUUUUUCGUAAGUUGAACUCCUCUGGUGGAGGUGACUCUGAUAUGGCAGCUGCUCAGCCAGGAACUGAGAUCUUUAAUCUGCCAGCAGUCACCACCUCAGGCUCCGUGAGCUCCAGAGGCCACUCCUUUGCUGACCCUGCCAGUAACCUCGGGCUGGAGGACAUCAUCCGGAAGGCGCUCAUGGGGAGCUUUGACGACAAAGUGGAAGAUCACGGGGUGGUCAUGCCCCAGCCAGUGGCAGUGGGGCCUGGGGGCGCCAGCACCUCGGUGGUGACCAGCGGCGAGAUCCGGAGGGAGGAAGGGGACCCAUCGCCUCACUCAGGAGGAGUUUGCAAACCAAAGCUGCUCAGCAAGGCUAACAGCAGGAAAUCGAAAUCGCCUGUCCCAGGGCAGGGCUACCUGGGAGCGGAGCGGCCCUCAUCGGUCUCCUCUGUGCACUCAGAAGGGGACUACCACAGGCAGACGCCGGGCUGGGCCUGGGAGGACAGACCCUCUUCGACAGGCUCGACACAGUUCCCCUACAACCCCCUGACCAUGCGGAUGCUCAGCAGCACGCCGCCCGCGCCCGUCGCCUGCACUCCCACCUCGGCCAACCCGGCUGCCCCGCACCAGCCGAGUAGGAUCUGGGAGCGGGAGCCGGCCCCGCUGCUAUCCGCGCAGUACGAGACGCUGUCUGACAGCGACGACUGACCUGUGGGCAGGGGUCCCAGGGUGGGGGUGGGGAUGGGGGGGCGCUCCAGUUUCUGGUAGCUUCCUCUCUAACUGCAGGCCCUAAGCCUGCCCGCCUAGGAUUUGUGCCCAGAGACUUUUCUGGAGAGCCUGGACCAUGGACGGUGAAGAGACGAUGGAAAUUCAUUUUGGGGUCAAAUGAGGGGAAAAGGCUGUCUUGAUACAGGCAGUUCCGUGGAUGAUAGUAAUAGUGGAGGGUCAACAUGUAGAGUUUUUAAAAAGUGGAUAAUUCCUGUUCUUACAUCUGUUUGUAAAGAAACCAUGAUGUCUCUAAUCACUCUGUAAAUAGAGGACCUUUUUGCAGUGUUCCCCUCGCUGUAGUAUAUCUGGUGUACUUAUGUUCAAUCAGCACAUCAACUUGGGGGUGAUUUUUAAAAAAAUCUCUCGUCUACCUUUUUAACCCUUGCCUUCCAAAUAACGUCAUACAGCCCAGUUCCAUGGUGUUGGCUGUUACGGGCAUUGUACUUUUAUCCAAUUUUGUCUCCUCUAAGCUCAGAUUCCCGGUGAUGUUUAAAAUCUUGUAGAGAUGUUUAGAUUUUUAACACAUGCUGCCAUAAAAUCUGUACAUUAACGUAUUAGGGUCUAAGGGAGGAACAAAAUUCUGCCAUAUUGUAAAUUUCCAGGGCAGUCUUUUUUUUUUUUUUUUUAAAUUAGAAGCACUGAAAACAUAGUAUUGCAUGGGUAUUGUUCUAGUUCAGUUUCUAACAUUUUAAAGGCUUAUUUGAGGUGUACGUACCUCGCUGUUACGCACACUGGUAAUUAACCCCACCCUGGGUAUUUGCCUGCAUUUGAUGCAGCAAAGCUUUUGGUUUGGAAAUAAAUCUGACUGCCCUGUC